UGAAGAAUCAAAAACGGAAAUAUUUUCUUUGACUAACACCAUCCCAGCCUAUCCAGCCAGAAGAAACACCAGAGCAAGCAGGACCCUCAGCACCCACGCCCUCCGGCAUGCGGGACGCCACCACUCCCGCCGCCGCCGCCGCUGCGGCCGAGACCACGCCCAACGGAGCCACCCCGUCUUCAGCAACAAGACGUGGUCUCCGCGCUAGGACGGCAGCACAGCAGCGCCCGUAUUUCCACCAUCAGCGCCUUUUCGAGGACCAGCUGAUGAUGGACGACGAUGAAGACGUGGAGAGCGUCCUUCCCGAUGAAGGUACAUCAAGGUCCGCCCGAAAGUCUCGCCGGUCUUCUCUCUUGGGGAAACCUCCGCUCAAUUAUGCGGCCCUGGACCGUGGUGGACUUGAAGACGAGGACUUGGUCGACGACGGCGGUCAUGACGACGUGGAGAUGGCGGAAGAGGGCAAAGAGGAGUCUCCCCCGGCGAAGCACUUCAAGGGCAAAGGCCGCGCGUGGAAGAAAGACGACGAUGAGGAGGACACGAAUUUCCAGCCGAACGCGACGGAGCCGGUGAAGAGGAAGAGGGGACGGCCGAGGAAGUACCCUAGGCCCGAGGAAGGGGUGCCGCAGCAGGAGCAACAAGAGCAGCAAGAGCAGCAGGAGCAGCAGGAUCAGCAAGAGUCUGCGGAAGUGGUCGAGCCUGAAGCGCCUGUGACAGAGACGCGGACGCCGAAAUCUGCGAAAGGGAAAGGCAAGGGGAAGGCGAAGGGCAAAGAGAAGGCGAAGGGCAAAGAGAAGGCGAAGGGCAAAGAGAAGGCGAAAGAUGCUGGCAUGGCGGCAGCUGGACCGGAGAAGAGCAAGACAGCUAUCGCGAACUGGGGACCGCCAGUGUCGCCAGCGAAGCCGCCCGAAAAGACGAGGCAGCGCAAACCGAGGAGGAAAAGCCACAAAUCCGCGGAAUACGUCAUCGACGAUGAUUCUGACGAUGAAUCUCGCAUAAUGCCUGUUCCACAUUCCCGUUUGAAAACGACGGCUCCCCGCGAGAAGCUCCUUAAGUGCGAGGCAAUCGCAUCCACGCCUCCCUCAACGGGACUCAAGAACGUCGACGGCAAAGGCAAGGACGGCGAAACAAUGACGAAAAGCCAUAAAUCCGCGGAAUACGUCAUCGACGAUGAUUCUGACUAUGAAUAUAAAAUAAUGCCUUACUACCAUUACCGUUUGAAACCGACGGCUCCCCGCGGGAAGCCCCUUGAAGUCAGGGCCAGGGCGACCGGAUUCAAGCCUUCCUCACCGGAACUCAAGAACGUCGACGGUGAAGGCGAGGACGAGAAGAAGGAGAAAUCGAAGAAGAAGCGCAAACCAAGGAAGCCGAGGAAGGAAUACUUGUCAGAACCGAUUGUGCUUGAUGAGGAUGAAGAUGACGAUGAUGAAGUCACUGUGAUGGAGGAAGGGAAGGCCGGCCGGUCAACAGCAACGCCUACAACUCCAAUUGUUGGAGAUGGGGGGAGUAAGAAGAAGAAGAGAGUGUCGAUAGUUUCACCAACCAACAGCAAGUCUGUGAAGGGCGGCCGGUCGCCUCGAAAGAACAAAACAACUAAGGCUACCAGUGCUGUCACUAUGACACCGAAAUCGGCGAAAUCGGCAAAAGGUGCGGCGCGGACAGGAUCGCCUGCUACGAUGGCUUCCCCGCAGUCUCAGAGGAGAGCGAAGCAGCAGAAGAGGACGUUCCUUUCCGCGGAGUUUGUAAAGGAUUCGAGCGAUGAGGAGGAGGAUGAGGAGGAACGGGUUGAUGCUGGGGAUGUUGGAGUGGGAGAGGAAAAGGACGUAGAUGACCUGACGGACGUAGAUGAUUUGACGGACCUAGAUGAUCUGACGGACUUAGAUGAUCCGACGGACGAUGCGGACCGUAUGGACGAAGGGAAUGAGGAUGAGAAAGAAAAUGGAGAUGAAGAGGAGGAGGAGGACGAGCAGGAGGAACAGGAGGAGAAGGACAAGGAGAAGCAAGAAGACGACGACGACGACGUCGGCGACACGAACAACGACAACGAGAAGAAGAAACAGCUAGAGCAAGACGCUACCCCUGAUCUGCCCGAGACUCUCCCCUUCCCAUCAACUUCAACAGCGUUACGGAAUGGCCAGCUCCCUAGCACUUCCCCAUCUUCCCAACCCGCUCAGAACUCGCCAGCUCCCAACGCAGCGGAGCCGUCGGCAACACCGCCCCCAUCUGCAGCGAACGAAGGAAUCGCAAAUGGAACCGUCGAAAGUAAUGACGAUGGGAAAUCGACACCGCAUUCGCACGGUGAGAAUACUGUAUCGGCAUCAUUGCAGGGAGAUGAGCGUGAGGGGAAGGAAGGGACAGAGGAGAGCAAGGUCGAAACCCCGGUAUGCUAGCGGCUUUUCGGGCUUCGGAGGAGAUCCACGACCAAGUGACUCCAGUCGUGACGGAGAAGUUAAAGCAAAUCGAUAUUACACAAUGGCAGUCAACCAAGCCAUUGAUUUGAGAG